AUGAAAGCAAACGUUAAUCCCGAGGCAGGUCUGUGCACAUCGGAACCAGAUGUCGCUGUUGCCAACGACAGAAACUGCGAGAAGAUGAAAGACUCGCAGCCGAACCAAAAUCCUCCGGAGGUCGUUAGCAGUAGCAGCAGCAAGACUCUGUACGCUGCAGUGACCGAAAAUCAUAGCAUGUCAAUCAGUAUGGACUCGGCCGCUUCUACGGGUACUGUCGACUGGUCCGCGACUGCCUAUGGCUGGUGGAACGUCUUGGUCCAAGGGAUUCGCAAACAACUGUCUUCGGCCCAGUACAGUGUGGUGCACAACGGGACGCUAUACGAUCUGAACAAGAUUAAAAGUAUUUAACGAUGGUGCACGACCCCGAGUAUUCUCCAGGGCCUGGUUUUGUGGGGGGAGGGGGUCAGCUAUCCGGCAAUAUUUCGACGGCGUGAACAAAAGUUUAGACAUUUUCUAACGCAUUUAUAUCUAAGU